AUGAAAUUGUUUGAGACCUCGUUCAUACGAUUUCCUGUCCUUAUUGUUGGCACUACUGAUCUAGAUCGACAAUUCCAUUCAUUUGGCGUUGCUGUUUGCUCCAAUGAGAAAUCAAAAAAUUUCACAUUUGUUUUUCGUGCCCUUCAAGGUGGUGCAAAAAAACUUGAUUUACAAGAAAUUAAUCCAGAUGUUUUGAUUGCAGAUGGUUCAGAUGCAAUUCAUAAUGGAUUUCAAGCAAAUUUUGGAGAAAAACCUACGAUUAUGUGUUGGACUCAUAUGCGGCGAAAGGUGGUAAAGUACACUGAAUCUAUCGUAAACAAGACGGACAAAGAAGAUUUGAUAGAAGAUAUUGAAGUAUUACAAUUGGCACAAAGUGAACAAAUGUUUACGAAAGCUUCCAAUCUUUUUAUCAAAAAAUGGAACAAGAAAGAACCAAAAUUUAUCGAAUAUUUUCAAAAUGAAUGGUUAAAUUCACAUAAUGGUUGGUAUGAGGACAUAAAACAUUUAACUCCAAGCACAAAUAAUGGUUUGGAAUCAAACAACAGAGUUAUUAAGGAUGAAAAUACAUUUCGUGAACGUCUUCCAUUAUCCAGAUUUAAAAUUUUAACAUUAGAAAUUGUUGAAAAAUGGUCAAAAUCGUAUGAACGAGGUCUCAAACAAUUUCAUGAUAAGCAAACGGUGACAUUAGAUAUAUGGACAAAUAGUUAUCAAUGGGACCCAUUGAUAUGGUUCCAGGAACCAUCUUAUGUUUCAAGUUUACUACUAGAGAAAUCGAUAUUAUAUCACCUGCAGGCCAACAACUUUAGCCAACAAAUGAGGAGUGAGGGUGAAAGGAUAAGCAGCAUAGCAUGA